AUGGUUGUUGUUGGAGCGAAUAACGGAACCUACGGCAGUGACAACAUGAGGUUCAUGAUAGACGAUCGAGCCGGUGGCGGAGAUCCCGGGGGUUCCACCGAUAUGAUGAUCUCGGAGGCUCUUGCGCCCCGGCUGCUGAGGAUUGCACAGGGCGCAGCAGCAGCAGCAGCAGCUACUUCUCCGUCCACCUCCAGUCAGCCGCAGGUCAUGGAGACGAACGGGACCAGGUGUGGCGAGCAGAUCCUGAGCUACGGCCGGGUGGAGAAAGUCCUGAUCGGCGGAGUCCUCAUGAUGCUCACGCUGAUCACCAUCUGUGGGAACUUACUGGUGGUCAUCUCCGUGUGCUUCGUCAAGAAGCUGCGACAGCCGUCCAACUACCUGAUCGUGUCUCUGGCGAUGGCAGACCUGUCAGUGGCUCUGGCCGUGAUGCCUUUUGUCAGUAUCACGGACCUGAUUGGCGGUCAGUGGAUUUUCGGACAGUUCUUCUGUAACGUUUUUAUCGCCAUGGAUGUGAUGUGCUGCACCGCGUCCAUCAUGACUCUGUGCGUAAUCAGCAUUGACAGGUAUUUGGGAAUCACAAAACCCUUAACGUAUCCUGUUCGGCAAAACGGCUGCUGCAUGGCAAAGAUGAUCCUGUCAGUGUGGCUGCUCUCCGCCUCCAUCACCCUCCCCCCUCUGUUCGGCUGGGCUCAGAACGUCAACGACGGCAGAGUCUGCCUCAUCAGUCAGGACUUUGGCUACACCGUCUACUCCACAGCCGUGGCCUUCUACAUCCCCAUGUCGGUCAUGUUGAUCAUGUACUACAGGAUCUUCCGAGCAGCCAAGCUCAGCGCCGCCAAGCACACUAUCACCGGCUUCCCCAGAGAAGAGGACUACGGCCCAGCGGUGGCUCCUCGAGGAGGGAGAGGAGGAGGAGGAGGGCCCGAGCUUCAGCAGGCGGUGGAGGCACGAGAGGCGGGAAGUAUUAUGGGAGGAGGAGGAGGGACGGGGGACGAGCAGGAGGAGGAAGAGGAGGAGAGUUUGGACUGUGUGUCGGCUGCGUUGAAGCUCCAGCGUGAGGUGGAGGAGGAGUGCAGCACACGUGUCUCGCGCCUCCUCAAGACUGGAGAACACCACCAACGCAGGAAGAGGAAAAACCAGUCCAUCUUCAAACGGGAGCAGAAGGCGGCGGCCACUCUGGGUAUCGUGGUCGGAGCGUUUAGCUUCUGCUGGCUGCCGUUCUUCUUGGUGUCCACCGCCAGGCCGUUCGUGUGCGGAGUGGAGUGCAGCUGCGUUCCCCUCUGGCUGGAGAGGACUCUGUUGUGGCUCGGUUACGCCAACUCCCUCAUUAAUCCUUUCAUUUACGCUUUUUUCAACCGUGAUCUGAGGACCACCUACAGUAACCUCCUGCGAUGCCGCUACAGGAACAUCAAUCGGAAGCUGUCGGCGGCUGGCAUGCACGAGGCUCUGAAACUGGUGGAGAAGCCAGACGCUGAUGUGUGA